AAGCCAGAGGAGGCUGUGGUGAGAUGAGGACCGUGGGGCUGAGCCUGGGGCUGGUCCUGCUCUGCUUGCUACGCACGGAGGCUGAGGACAUCGGGGCUGCGGGGCUGGACAAAAGCCAGAUUGCAGGGAAAUGGCACAUCAUUGCUCUGGCCUCCGACUCCGAGAGCUACCUCCGAAAGAAGGAUGAGCUGAAGAUGGCGAUGGCCACCAUCGCGGUCCUCGGGGAGGGCGACCUGAAGGUCUCCUUUGCCAUUCCCACCCCAGAGGGAUGUAAAAAAUCGGAGUCGAUCUACAAGCAAACAGGCAUCCCGGGUGAAUACUACAGCUCUGAGAGAGGCAAUAAAAUGGUGCAGGUGGUGGAUACCGACGGCAAGACGUACGCAGUUAUCUUUGCCUCCAGAGUGAAGGAUGGGAGGACCUGGCACAUGCUGAGGCUCUACAGCAGGACCCGGGAAGUGAGCCCCAAAAUCACAGCGCUGUUCAAGAACAUUGCGAGGGAGAAGAGCUUCACCGAUGAGAUGAUCAAGAUACUGCCCAGCCAGGAGGAAUGCAGCCUCGAUGAAGCGUAGGAGGUGCGGGCUGGCUGGCGAGGAUGCUCCUGCUGAGCGAUGCAAGACCCACGCUUUGAAGCUCCAGGCUGCUGCUCCACCAUCCCUCUUCCAAGCUCGGUGGUCAAGGCUCUGACACAUCCCCUGUUCCUCCAGCACACAGUCCCUCCUUUU